CGCGCCCCGGCCGCUCUGGGCUGCAACGUGUCUGCGGGGCGGAGGCAGCGGCCGUGGAGCUCGCCGCGCGGGUCGGGCCCCCUGUGUCUCCGCCGGCGUCCGUCUCUCUCUCGUCGCGCUCGCGUCUCGACAGGCCGCCCCAGCCCUCGACAUGUCGUACAAUUACGUGGUCACGGCGCAGAAGCCCACCGCCGUGAACGGCUGCGUGACCGGACACUUCACGUCAGCGGAAGACUUGAACCUGCUGAUUGCCAAGAAUACGCGAUUGGAGAUCUAUGUGGUCACCGCGGAGGGGCUCCGGCCGGUUAAGGAGGUGGGCAUGUACGGGAAGGUCGCCGUCAUGGAGCUCUUCAGGCCCAAGGGGGAGAGCAAGGACCUGCUGUUUAUCCUGACAGCUAAGUACAACGCCUGCAUCCUGGAGUACAAGCAAAGCGGUGAGAGCAUCGACAUCAUCACACGCGCCCAUGGCAACGUCCAGGACCGAAUCGGCCGGCCCUCGGAGACCGGCAUCAUCGGCAUCAUUGACCCUGAGUGCCGGAUGAUUGGCCUGCGGCUCUACGACGGCCUUUUCAAGGUUAUUCCACUGGACCGGGACAACAAGGAGCUCAAGGCCUUUAACAUCCGCCUGGAGGAACUGCAUGUCAUCGACGUCAAGUUCCUCUAUGGCUGCCAAGCACCUACCAUCUGUUUUGUCUACCAGGACCCUCAGGGGCGGCACGUGAAAACCUACGAGGUGUCUCUGCGGGAGAAGGAGUUCAAUAAGGGCCCUUGGAAACAGGAGAACGUAGAGGCGGAAGCUUCCAUGGUGAUUGCAGUCCCGGAGCCCUUUGGCGGGGCCAUCAUCAUCGGGCAGGAGUCCAUCACCUACCACAACGGGGACAAGUACCUGGCGAUCGCUCCUCCCAUCAUCAAGCAAAGCACGAUUGUGUGUCACAACCGCGUGGACCCCAAUGGCUCCCGUUACCUGCUGGGGGACAUGGAGGGCCGGCUCUUCAUGCUGCUUUUGGAGAAGGAGGAGCAGAUGGAUGGCACGGUCACCCUCAAGGAUCUCCGCGUGGAGCUCCUGGGAGAGACCUCCAUUGCUGAGUGCUUGACAUACCUGGACAACGGCGUUGUGUUUGUCGGGUCGCGCCUUGGUGACUCCCAGCUUGUGAAGCUCAAUGUGGACAGCAAUGAGCAAGGCUCCUAUGUGGUCGCCAUGGAAACCUUCACCAACCUGGGGCCCAUUGUGGACAUGUGCGUGGUGGACCUGGAGCGGCAGGGGCAGGGCCAGCUGGUCACUUGCUCGGGGGCUUUCAAGGAAGGCUCCUUGCGGAUCAUCCGGAAUGGGAUUGGAAUCCACGAGCACGCCAGCAUCGACUUACCCGGCAUCAAAGGCCUGUGGCCCCUGCGGUCUGAUCCUACCCGGGAGACUGAUGACACUUUGGUCCUCUCUUUUGUGGGCCAGACAAGGGUCCUCAUGCUGAACGGAGAGGAGGUGGAGGAGACAGAGCUGACGGGGUUUGUGGAUGAGCAGCAGACCUUCUUCUGCGGCAAUGUGGCUCAUCAGCAGCUUAUUCAGAUCACUUCUGCCUCCGUGAGGCUGGUGUCCCAGGACCCCAAAGCUCUAGUCAGCGAGUGGAAGGAGCCGCAGGGCAAGAACAUCAGCGUGGCCUCCUGCAACAGCAGCCAGGUGGUGGUCGCCGUGGGCCGGGCGCUCUACUACCUGCAGAUCCACCCGCAGGAGCUCCGGCAGAUCAGCCACACAGAGAUGGAACACGAAGUGGCCUGCUUGGACAUCACCCCCUUAGGGGACAGCAAUGGGCUGUCCCCUCUUUGUGCCAUUGGCCUCUGGACAGACAUCUCGGCCCGGAUCCUGAAGCUGCCCUCUUUUGAGCUGCUGCACAAAGAGAUGCUGGGUGGAGAGAUCAUUCCCCGCUCCAUCCUGAUGACCACCUUCGAGAGCAGCCACUACCUCCUCUGUGCCUUGGGAGACGGGGCGCUGUUCUACUUCGGGCUCAACAUCGAGACAGGCCUGCUGAGCGACCGCAAGAAGGUGACCCUGGGCACCCAGCCCACGGUGCUGAGGACUUUCCGGUCUCUUUCUACCACCAACGUCUUCGCCUGCUCGGACCGCCCCACUGUCAUCUACAGCAGCAACCACAAGCUGGUCUUCUCUAAUGUCAACCUCAAGGAGGUGAACUACAUGUGUCCCCUCAACUCCGAUGGCUAUCCUGACAGCCUGGCACUGGCCAACAACAGCACCCUCACCAUCGGCACCAUCGAUGAGAUCCAGAAGCUGCACAUCCGCACGGUGCCGCUCUACGAGUCUCCCCGGAAGAUCUGCUACCAGGAGGUGUCCCAGUGUUUUGGGGUCCUCUCCAGCCGCAUCGAGGUUCAGGACUCGAGUGGGGGCACAACUGCUCUGAGGCCGAGUGCCAGCACCCAGGCCCUGUCCAGCAGCGUCAGCUCCAGCAAGCUGUUCUCCAGCAGCACAGCCCCGCACGAGACCUCCUUCGGCGAAGAGGUGGAGGUGCACAACCUCCUCAUCAUCGACCAGCACACCUUCGAAGUGCUCCAUGCCCACCAGUUUCUGCAGAACGAGUAUGCCCUCAGCCUGGUCUCCUGCAAGUUGGGCAAAGACCCCAACACCUACUUCAUUGUGGGCACCGCCAUGGUGUACCCGGAAGAGGCGGAGCCCAAGCAGGGUCGGAUUGUGGUGUUUCAGUAUUCAGAUGGAAAACUGCAGACUGUGGCUGAGAAGGAAGUGAAAGGGGCCGUGUACUCCAUGGUGGAAUUUAACGGGAAGCUGUUGGCCAGCAUCAAUAGCACGGUGCGGCUGUAUGAGUGGACGGCGGAGAAGGAGCUGCGCACGGAGUGCAACCACUACAACAACAUCAUGGCGCUCUACCUGAAGACCAAGGGCGACUUCAUCCUGGUGGGCGACCUCAUGCGCUCCGUGCUGCUGCUGGCCUACAAGCCCAUGGAGGGCAACUUCGAGGAGAUUGCUCGGGACUUUAACCCCAACUGGAUGAGCGCCGUGGAAAUCUUGGAUGAUGACAAUUUCCUGGGGGCCGAGAACGCCUUUAACCUGUUCGUGUGUCAGAAGGACAGCGCUGCCACCACCGAUGAGGAGCGGCAGCACCUCCAGGAGGUCGGGCUCUUCCACCUGGGCGAGUUCGUCAACGUCUUCUGCCACGGCUCCCUGGUCAUGCAGAACCUCGGCGAGACGUCCACGCCCACGCAGGGCUCCGUGCUCUUCGGCACCGUCAACGGCAUGAUUGGGCUGGUGACCUCCCUGUCCGAGAGCUGGUACAACCUCCUGCUGGACAUGCAGAACCGGCUCAAUAAAGUCAUCAAAAGCGUGGGCAAGAUUGAGCACUCUUUCUGGAGGUCCUUUCACACGGAGCGGAAGACGGAACCGGCCACCGGCUUCAUCGACGGGGACUUGAUUGAGAGUUUCCUGGACAUCAGCCGGCCCAAGAUGCAGGAGGUGGUGGCAAACCUUCAGUAUGAUGACGGCAGCGGGAUGAAGCGAGAGGCCACGGCGGACGACCUGAUCAAGGUGGUGGAGGAGCUGACGCGGAUCCAUUAGCCAAGGGCAGGGCUCCCGCUCGCAGACCCUCUGGGAAGGCUUUGCCCUCCUGUCUCCCCUCCCCCGCCGCUGUCUUCUUGGCCACGGAAGCCUUUCCCUAAGCCGCUGUCCCAGAAGCCACAGUCACCUGUGUGGACGUGGGGGUUUCUUAGAACGAAACCUGCUCCCGGACACCUGGGAGUGGCCGAAGGUGAAGACCUUCCUCCCUGGGUUUUUAACGUCACACCUGCUUCCAGCCCCACGGCGGCCACCAGGCCUUGGUGGUAAGGCCGCCCUUCCAGGGAGGGUGCGGCUCCGUGGCCGAAGGGAAGCUGUGUGUCACGCUCAUGCGCUGUCCUCUGCUAUCUCUAUGUAGGUUGGGGUGUGGGGGGCCGUGGGACAGGGAGGAGGGCGGGAGGGUUCAUUGUCUUUGAAGUGAGGGCUUCCUUUUACUUCCGUCUGUUGCCUCUGAGAGCUUUGGUCUGGAGACCUGACCACCAGGCCCGGGGCUGCCUGCGUGUAGAAUCGGAGAUGGUGGUUGGUCCCCAAACCAUGGCCUUUCUGUGUGUGGGGAGCUGACUGCCUUCUUCAGCGAGGAGGUGGGUGGGCGUGAUUGGUGGUUAGUUUACCAAAUAAAGUAGAGUCUAAGAGGAAA